UUUCAGCCGUGCAUCAAUGUAUGCGGAACUGACUGACAGUGCCUUGGAUGAACAUGUGCAGGACAUUGUUGCUGGCAAUGAACAAAUUGGUCCUGAGGCUGUCAGAGCCUCCCUGCGAGUACGUGGACUACGUGUACAGCGAAGGAGGGUUCGAGCAAGCAUGUUACGGAUAAAUCCUGGAGCAGCUGCCCUUAGAGCAGUUUUGCGGAGACCAGAACGAAGAACAUAUCAGGUUGCAGGUCCAAACUCAUUGUGGCACAUUGAUGGAAAUCACAAGCUGAUAAGGUGGAGGAUAGUCAUUCAUGGGGCUAUUGAUGGAUACAUUCGUCUUGUGGUCUUCCUUCAUGCCUCAAACAACAACCGUAGCAGUACCGUUUUAUCAAGUUUCAUCAGAGCCUGGGUAUCCUAUGGUGUACCCUCGAGGGUCCGGACAGACAGAGGAGGGGAAAACAAUGCUGUCUGCCUGAUGAUGAACAUUUUCAGAGGCUUUGAUCGUGGAAGUGCCCUAAGAGGAAGGAGUACCCACAAUCAGAGAAUUGAGAGGCUCUGGGGUGAUCUGUGGCGAGGAAUGACCAAUGUCUACUGUGAUUUAUUUCACCACCUGGAGGAGGAAGGCAUCAUAGACAUUGACAAUGAAAUGCACCUUUGGGCUCUCCAUUACAUUUAUCUCCCAAGGAUCAACAGAGAUUUGAAAGACUUCACUCAACAGUGGAACAAUCAUGGCUUGCGGACAGAGAGACACUUGAGCCCAUUACAGAUUUUUGUCCGAGGCAGCCUCCAGCAACAGGGCCGAGCCUCAACUGCCAUGCAGGACAUCUUUCAGACUAGAGCAGCUGCUGCUGCUGGGACUAUUGGUGGGACAGCUGAUGGUAGUGUGACAGCCACUGAGAGUGAGACGACUGCUGCUCAGGGCUUAGGUACUGAUUCUGGUGGUGGUGCUCAUGGUACAGAUGAGCUGGGAUUGCUGGUCAACUGGCCUGAGAGGAUUACUGUGCCAGACAUUGAAUUUACUCUGGACGGACCGAUGAUGGAGCAAGUGGUAGAACUAUUUAAUCCACCGAGUGGCACCAGAGGGAGUCAUGGUAUUGAACUCAUCACUGGCUUAAUAUACUUUCUGGACUCCACAUAUCACUGAGACAGUUCAAUUAAUGACUGAAACAUAAUAGCAGCAAGUGGAAAGACUUCAAAAUAUCUAGGUGACUGGAUACAUAUAAUGUGAAAAGUUAUAAUACGUGUUUACUAUGUACCAACUGAGUAGUGGAGAUGCAAGAACGAGCUGUGUGACACUGACAAUAAAAAAUGUUGAGUGAUUUUUAAAGUGUAUAAGAUGGAAAUUGUGAAGUGGAAGGUUUACAAUUGAAA